CCAAAAUAGAAAAUGUGGUGUGUGGCGGUGCGUGGGUAGUCUUGUCAUUUAAAAAAUACUCUAGGUAGUGAACCAAGUACUCUAGCAUCUCUCUGUUCUAGUCUCUUCAAUUUUAUACCAACACUCUCCAUCUUUCACUUCAUUUCAAUUCAUGGCGUCCGGACAAGCAGAUCAAGAACCCCCACAGCCUCCCUCUCUUCAGUACCAGACAUGGGUUCUGAAAGUUUCCAUCCACUGUCAAGGCUGCAAAAGAAAAGUCAAGAAAGUGCUCCAAAGCAUCGAAGGUGUUUAUACAAUAAAUAUUGAAGCGCAGCAGCAAAAAGUGACCGUGACCGGAAACGUAGACGCGCAGACUCUCAUCAAGAAGCUGGUGAAGACAGGCAAACAUGCAGAGCUUUGGCCAGAGAAUCCCAAGCCCAAGGACAAGGACAAGAAAGGAAACGACAAAGAAGCCGAUUCAAAAAGCGCCGAAAACACCGAAGACGAAGAGGACGACCCGCCGCCGGACAACGGCAACGUCAAGAUCAGCUCCCCGCGCCUCGCCAGCGGAAACGGCGGACCUACUGUCAAGUUCAUGCUCGACCAGCCGCCGGAAAAUGCCUCCGCCGGCGACAAGCCGCCGCCGCCAGAGAAUAAAGGCGGCGGCGGCGGUGGUGGUGGAGGUAAAAAGAAGAAAAGGCGAGGGCGAAAAGGGAAUAACAGUAAUAACAGUGCGGGAGCAGCGGGUAAUGGUGCGGCGUCGAGCACAGGAUUGGAGAUUCCGAGGGUGGGAAUCACGCAAGCCGUUGAUCAAAUCAAUGGGAGCCCUCCACCGCAGAUUAAUGCGGCGUAUCCGAGUUAUGGUGCGCCGCAGCAGGCGUAUGUUAUGAGCUACAAUGCGGCGUAUCCUAGCGUGCCAGCUGCGCCGGGGUACUACGUGGCGCCGUCGCCGUAUGCUUACGCGUAUGGGCAGCCGGAGGAGUACGUGGCGCAAGCGCAGCCGUUGGAUUCGUUCGAGGUGUUGAGCGAUGAGAAUCCUAAUGGAUGCUGCGUCAUGUGAUAAUCUUGCGUUUUUUUUUUGCGAAUGUAUAUAGAAUUUUGAAUAUGUUAGUGUCUAAUGUUGCAUUAAAACGUUUUAAUGCUCA